UGUAUGAGUUGUCAGGAAGAAGAAACAAUAGAGGCUUUUAGGCCGGAGUUGAGAAUACCAGCCAUGGGCGAUGAAUGAUGCCGCCGUGCGAGCGAAGUGUCCGCAGGUGACUCACCUGCGCGAACCGGCUCCGUGCUCGCGCUUUAAGGAGUCAUGCAAAAUAAACUCGUCGCGUCCAGAGCAGUGCGUGAAGAAGCAGGAUACGUAUCCGGAAUGGAAGAGUAGCUGAUACAUACACCUGAUCCGUGUAUGCCAUGGGGAACUGCUGGGCUCAAUGUUUUGGGCUCUUUAGAAGGGAAGCAAACAGGAUACAAAGAGGAGGAGGGUCAAAGUACUUCAGAAGCAGCACAGCUGGUGAACACUAUACCAUUGAGUUUGAGAAUCUUGUGGAGAGCGAUGAGGGUGAGAGCUCACAAAGCUGCCCCAGACCCAUCAGCGAAGAGGAGAUCGUUCACUUGAAGGAGCAUCGCUACACUGCCAUCUCAGACAAACAGACGCUGAUUGACCAAAAGCUGAAUGCAGAGUUAGUGGCAGAAGAGGAGAAGUUAAGGCUAGAAGAGGAGGCUGUUUUUGCAGCCCAGCGCGAGGCAGCGCGGCUCGCUAAGGAACGAAAGCUAAAGGAGGGGAAGCCGCAGCAGUCGCAGAGGAUCAAAACCAGAUCAGAAGCAGAGAGCAAAGACCCUCGGCACAAAAUCAAAGCUUCUGAUGCAGAGUUCGAGGUGUACCUGCAGAGUGUGAAGGCUCAAUCUGAAGCGUUUCGCAGUAACAGGCUCAGCUCUGAGACAAAUGUGGUGACCCCGAACACAGAGAGCAGCUGGGACUUCACCAGUAAGACUGACGCCACCUCACUGGACUUGGAGUGGGAGGAUGAGGAGGGAAUGAACAGGAUGGGUCCUGCAUGGGAGCGUUCCAAAACAGAGGAGGACAUUUUACGAGCUGCGCUUCGUCCCGGUGGGAAACAGCUGGACAGUGGCCCCACCUCCACCUCUGAAGACUCCAACGCUCUGGAGUGGGAGAAUGACUUUGUCAGCGCACAUCCCGAGGACAGCGGCGAUCAUGGCGACGAGGACUUUGAGGGAUUUGUUAAUCCAGUACUGGACACGCCCACUGAGGAGGCGGGGCAAAAGGCCAGCUCUGACCAACAGGAGAGAUAGUCUACAGCAAGAGACAGUGAGACUACAUUAACUUCAAAUGUCUCAUUCAAAUUCAGUGUGAAAUGACUGCAGAUGGUCCAUUUAACUCUAAUGUGUAAAACUAAAUUCAGAAUUCUCAGUGCAAGUGAAAAUACAAGGAACAGAAAUGCUUCAUAUGAUUUCUACUUUGUGGGUGAAUAUCAUGAAAAUCCGGUCAUGAUCUGUCCCAAAAAAAUUAUAUAUUUAAAUUAAAUUAAUUUUUUAUUAUUAUUAUUAUUAUUAUUAUUAUUAUUAUAGAGAAGUCUCUUCUGUUCACCAAGCAUGCAUUUAUGUGAUCCAAAGUACGGCAAAAAUAUUAAAAUUUAGAAAUAUUUUUACUAUUUAAAAUAACUUUAAUAAUUUAAAAUGUAAUUUAUUCCUGUGAUUUCAAAGCAGAAUUUUACAGCAUCAUUACUCCAGUCACAUGAUCCUUCAGAAAUCAUUCUAAAAUUCUGAUUUGCUGCUAAAAAACCUUUAUUAUUAUUAUGAUCUGAAAUUAGAAAUCUUCUGUUACGUUAUAAAUGUCAUCUAUAAAUAUAUAAAAUAUCAUCACUUUUGAUCAAUUUAAUGCAUCCAUGCUAAAAAUCCAAAUAUUCAGCAUUUAUCUGAAAUAAGUAACAUUAUGUAUGUUUUAUGUAACUUUUUGAUAAUAGUAAUAAAAAAUGUUUUUUGAACAACAAAUCAGCAUGUUAGAAUGAUUUUUGUAACUGGAGUAAUGAUGCUAAAAAUACAUUUUAAAUAUUUUAAAAUAGAAAACAGUUAUUUUAAAUAGUCAAAAUAUUUUAUUUUAUUUUUUUUAAUAUUCAAAUAAAUGCAGGCUUGGUGAGCAGAACAGACUUUAAAAAUCUUAUUAUUCAAAAACUUUUGACUGGUAGAUAUAUAUGGAAUGUUUUAAUUUGAGAUUUUUUUGUCAUGCUGUAAUUUCUACUGUAUUGCAAUAAAAAAAACAAUGUUAUACAAGAAUUUCUUACUUAAAUUGGCAAAUCAAUCAAUCAAUACAGUAAAUGAAAGCAUGUUUCUCAUUUAAAGGGGUAGUUGACCCCAGAAUUUUGUCAUUUACUCACACUCAAGUUGUAGCAAAUCUGUAUCGGUUUCUUCUGUUCAAUAGAGAAAAAAAAAUAGACUGAAGACUGUUGGUAACCAGCAAGUGUUUGGCUACCAUUAUUCUUUAAAAUAUCAUAUUUUGUGUUCAGUUCUUACAGGUUUGGAACAACAUGAGGGUGAGUUCAUUUUUGAGUGAACUUUUCCUUUAAAUAUAUAUUAUUUUUGCAUUACAUUACAUUGGGAAAAGAGCUGAGUGGUCACAAAAAAAAAACACUUAAAUGUUAAUGGACCUAACAAAAGGCUUAAUUUUCCUUACGCAAAAUCUAAUUUCAUUCUAAAUAAAAUAUGACCUGGUCAUGUUCUUAAAGAGAUUUCAUGAGAUUCACUCCAUUAGGUCACAGAUUCAUUAAGAUUUGCUUUCCACAGAUUAAUUUGCUCCUGUUUUGACUUCAUAGAUGCAUCUGUAAUUGAUUUAUAUUCAUUUCCUUUUGGUAACUGGGUUAAGUUUUUAAAUGAACUCUGAAAGUGUCUUGCGUUAGUACUUUAUCUGAUUAAAAUGUGUUCAGCCUUAUUUCAGAAGUUUUCAAUGGAGAACUGAAUAAAGUGCAAUUUUAGGAGAUGAGGGAAAUUUCUUAAAAGCAACUGAUGUUUUCCACAACCAUUGUAAGAUUUUCUUUUAUUAUUAUUAUUUAUGGUUAUUGUGAUAAGUCACAUCAGACAGGGACCAUCUUUCAUGUAAUGUGUGACUGUCUGGGAAUGAGACACUUGACAGUUUUAAGAGAAAGACUUCUCUCUAAAAAUGUAUUGCCUCAAGGAAAAAAUGCAUUGGAACACAUUUAAGUGCUUUUAAAUUGGUCACUGUUUAUUUGUCUGUAUGAAUCUGUGGGUCUAAGGGUUUGUGGUGAACACUUCUUGGAAAUGGCUAGUAAAACAGCCUGUAAUUCACACAUUUUUGGACAAAAUGGAUCUUGAAGAGGGAACAUACUUUGUGGUGAAACAUAAGUCUUCAUAUGCUACCUCUGGUUUUGAUAAUCCGGAUGUUAAUGAAAGAACUCAUGUCUUAGUAUGUCUAGAAAAUAUCAGUGAUUUGAUUUGCAUAUCCUCCUAAUUUUUCAGAAACAUGUCCAGUUUGUAUUUCAAAAAGAAAUAUUUAGCAUAAAGAAAAUGAAGCUUUUCAUUUUCAUUUUAUUUCAUUAUUUUUAUUUUAUUUGACACAUUUCGACCACAAAUGAUUAUUACUGUAUUAUUAAAUCAAACAUCUCAUUCUCUUUCCUGUAAUUUGGAAAAAUAUUGUCACGUGCCUUUUUUUCUUUCUUUCUUUUUUUUUUUUUUUUUUUUUGCAUUGCAUUGCAUGGUGACAUUAUUUUUAUAAAAACUAAGCACAUUUUGAUCACUAGUUCUUUAUAUUUUAUUACCAAAACGUCUUAUUUUCUUUCCUAUAAUGUGAUAAAAAAUAAUAAAAAUUGUAAUGUCACUUAUACUAAUGGCACACAAAUAAUCACAAUGGUCUUAAAAUAUGUGUAUAUUUUCUUUAUUAUUAUAUUUUUAUUUAUUUAUUUUUUUUUCCAUUUGGUUUUGGGGAUGUUAGGGGGGUAUUAGCUGAUUUGUUCUGUUAGAAUGAAACAGUGAUCAGUCGAUCAGGAAUUUGUGUCAGUCUCUGGAUGCUCAUAAAAUUGACUGUUUCUUCUGUUUGCCAUAUUGAACACCCUCUUCCUCUGACCCCCAUAUUUCCCUCAGAUUGGUGUCUGAAUUCGACUUAAUGUUUUUAAAUGAAUGCCUAUCUGUAUAUAAUGGAUUGUAAAGACACUAAAGGCCUUUAAGAGUGGAGGCCCAGGUCUGUAAUCUAGUAGUGUUGUCUCGAACAUCAGUGCACAAGCGCUUCUGUACAGCACAAUCAUGUCACGUUAUUUUCUUAUUCUACCAGCACACCUCAAAAAAGACGUUUCAUGUCAUCUGAAUGUAAAGUAUGUGUGAUCAAUGCAGUGUUUGUUUUUGCUUUUUUGUCCUUUGAGGUUGUUGACCACACAGCUUGUCCUGUUUGAAGAGUUUGGGUUAUGCAAAGAUACAUGAAUGUUUGUCCACUGGUUGAAGUUAAACGCCUAUGUGAUUGUAAACAUCGUGUGCAAUGAAGACGUGUGCUUUUGGUAACGUAUCUAAAUUACUGCAGGGUUAGCAGCUUUAACAGACUCCCAAAUGGAAAUUUGAGACUAUUUGCCAUUAUUACCUGGCCUUUUUGUAUUAUAGCAAGCGUGUAUGUUGUGUGAAUGAAAUACUAAAGGAUGUUCUUGAUUUGAGGAAAAUAAAAAUCAUUAAACCAAUGUUGAACAUUCCAAAAAAGAGCCAGGAGUUUUUCCCAAAGCGAUUCCCAACUCUUCAACAGAACAAUUUUAUUUUCUGAGUGUUUGUAAAGCCUGUCAUAGUUCAGAAAAAACUGAAUGUAACUACAGUUUUCAUAAUUUCAAACUACAUUACAUGAGACCUUGGGUUAGAUCUGACUGCUAAUAAACAAAUAACGUCA